UCAAGUCUGGGCAGGAAGGAUGCCAUGGAAGUUGUAAUUUAGGUUCAUUGGACCGUAUCUCCGUGACCAGUUGAAGCAAUUCUUUUGAGGUGGAAUGGCAGCGCUUAAGCAUAUCAAAUGCGUUGUAGUUGGUGAUGGAACUGUUGGAAAGACCUGUAUGAUGAUUGCUCAUAUUAACAAUUCAUUUCCUGGGGAGUAUGUCCCUACCGUAUUUGACAAUUACUCAGAAAAUAUGUACAUCAACAACAAGUUUGUAAGUCUUAACUUAUGGGACACAGCUGGACAAGAAGAUUAUGAUAGGUUGAGGCCCCUAUCUUAUCCACAGACAGAUGUUUUUCUUGUUUGCUUCUCUGUUGUCAAUCCUACAUCAUUUGAUCAUGUCACUCAUAAGUGGCAUCCAGAAGUGUCGCAUCAUUGUAAAGGUGUGCCCAUUUUGCUAAUUGGCAAUAAGAUUGAUUUGAGAGAUGAUCCUGACACACUUGCCCACUUGAAUGAACUGAGACAAACUCCCGUGACAAGAACACAGGGACUUGCUUGUGCUAAAAAGAUUAAUGCGGUCAAGUAUAUGGAAUGCUCGGCUAAAACUGGGAAGGGACUUAGGGAAAUUUUUACAACGGCAGCAGAAGUAGUUGUAAGUCCUGAAAUCUAUCAACACUCUCAAGAGAAGACAGACAAGCGCAAAUGUUUGAUACUAUAAAAUAAAAUAAUGACCCUCAUACUUUUUUAAUGUUUAUAACGACUAAUCAUGUUUAAUUAAUUUUCUUUACAGUAACUACAUGUAUGUUUCAGUUAUAUUUUCAAUGUUCAAUUAGAUCUACUGCCAAAUAUGAUAAGUUUAUUUUUUCUGUGUCCCA